AUGGCCUUCAAUUCCACUUCGGAGAACGCGUUCGGGCCCGUUAGCCACCUGAGGCCGUUUGACUUUACUGUCACCUUCGAGCAGGCUAUACUGUCGAUCAUUCCUUCGACAAUCCUACUACUGGCUGGACCACCCAGACUAUUCCACCUGUCUCGUUGUGAACGAAAGACGCGAUCCAAGCAUGGCUAUCUUUUGAAGUUGGUCGCCUCUUCAAUCAAUUUCGCCCUCCAACUAUCCCUCCUGGUGCUUUGGAGCGUAUCGGUAGCGUCGCGGACGUCGACUAGCAUCCCAUCUGCUGCUCUAGGCCUCGCCAGUUCUACUAUCAUCAUUGGACUGUCCUGUGUCGAAGAUACAAAGUCAACAAGUCCCUCUUCUCUGUUGACUAUAUACCUGCUUUUCUCGAUUCUUUUCGAUGCGACACAGGUACGGACACUAUGGUUUACACAUCGAGUGUCCAUUGCAGCUGUACAGAGUGCGGUCCUUGGGAUCAAAAUUGCUAUGCUUUUAUUGGAAAACCGAGAGAAAACGUCUUAUCUGAAGUCCCCCUAUAAAGAGUAUCCGCCCGAGGCAACCCGGGGCAUUGUUAAUCUGAGCUUUGUCUGGUGGCUGAAUCGGCUCUUUCUGGCUGGGUAUCGGAAGAUCAUUGGGAGUCAAGACCUUUUCGCUCUAGAGCCUGGCCUAAGCUCUGGUAGUACAGGUGAAAGGCUGAAAAGAGCGUGGGAGAAGCAUGGUCUGACAUACUCUCUGAAGUUGGGGAAGUCGACCUUGACACUCCAGGAUAACCUCUUUGUGGAAAACACAGCUCUCACUUUGAUGAGUACAGACAUUGACGGCAUUAUUGAGCAUCUGGAAAACUUCAAUGACGUCUGGGCUCGCACAAUUGAAGUGGCAAUUGGUACAUGGCUUCUUGAAAGACAAGUGGGUGCGACUUGCGUGGUUCCAUUGAUUCUAACUCUAGCAUGUCUGGGUGGUCAGAAGCUGGUAGCGAAGACAAUCGGAGAGAACCAGCAAAAUUGGAAUCUUGAAAUCCAGAAGAGAAUUCAAAAUACAUCCUCUGUACUGGGCUCUAUCAAAACUACCAAGAUUUCAGGGUUUUCUGGCAAGCUAUCCCAAGCCCUGCAGGGGCGCCGCGAACGAGAACUCUUUGUAUCUCGCGCUUUCUUCAGGGGAAUUAUGUGGUUAAACGGUCUAGCAAGUGUGCCUCGAAUUUGGUCGCCUGUCAUCACUUUCAUUGUUUACGCAGUACAAGCACAAACAAAGACUGAUGACUCCCUCACUACGGUGAAGGCCUUCACUGCUCUGAGUAUUAUUACCCUCGUCACUACGCCGGCAGAAAAGCUACUCGCUGUCUUGCCCCAACUAGCAGCUGCCAUGGGAUGCUUCCAGCGGAUUCACGAAUACAUGGUAUCUGAACCAGUGAAAGAUAGCCGAAUUGGCAUGGAGGAAUUUCGACCGAUUACCUCGGUUAAAGCCGAGCCGGAAGUUGCCAUUGGCUUGGACAGCGUGACCGUCAUGCCCUCACAAAAGGCUGCAUCUACCGCCCUUAAUGACAUGUCUUUCGAAGUCACCAGAGGCAGCCUGAUGAUUGUUAUUGGUCCUGUUGGCUCGGGUAAAACGACAUUGUUGAGAACCAUUCUAGGGGAGCUUGGUUGCCUAUCGGGCUCCGUGUCUAUCAAACCGAGCAGAGUAUCCUAUUGCAGCCAGAAUCCAUGGUUGCUCAAUACGACAAUCAAGAAAAGCAUCACCGGUAUCUCAGACGGCGAGGUCGACGAGAAGUGGUACAAAACUGUCAUAUAUUCAUGCUGCUUAGAUGAGGACAUUCGUCGUUGGCCUAACGGUGACCAAAGUGAGAUUGGAAGUAAAGGUCUUGCCCUUUCGGGGGGUCAAAAGCAGAGAGUGGUUCUAGCUCGUUCUGUAUACAGUCGCAAUGAUAUAGCAUUGCUUGACGAUGUCAUGAGUGCGUUGGAUGCGCAAACGCAAGAAAUGAUCAUUCAACGACUCCUCUCUCGUGACGGGAUAUUUCGCAGGCUGGGCACAACUGUGGUCCUGACCACUCACAAUUCUCGGCUCCUCGAAUUUGCAGAUAGUAUAGUCUCUCUCACUUCAGACGGUCGAGUCGACCUCCAAACAACAGGCAUUGAGGGCAUUCGCAACAAGAAAUUCUGGCAGGCUAGACAACCUUCAGAUCCACAUUUCCAGAAUGACCUCAACGAAAAACUGAACGAGCAUUCGGACAUAACUGAUUCGAGCCCCGACCCUAUUAGUGAUAUCGAAGAUAUGGAUCGAACUCGACAGAUCGGAGAUUUCUCAGUGUAUUCCUACUACGCGAGAACAGUCGGCCCUGUGCUUUGCGUCGUGUUUCUUGUUGGACAUUCCCUCUUAGCAUUUGGUGAGAACUUUCCUCAAGUGUGGCUGAGCAGAUGGACUACGGCAGGAGGCGGACAUCUCCCUCUGUAUGUACCCGUUUAUGUGGUUUUGGCACUGGCAGCAUCACUUCUUACCAUUUACUGCAUAUGGCUCGUCUUCAUUAAGCUGAUGCCCAAAUCGGCCAUUCGCUUGCAAUGGUUACUUUUGGCCGCCACUGAUAAUGGCACAAUCCUGAAUCGCUUUAGUCAGGAUAUGACCUUGAUAGAUUUGGCCCUUCCAAUUGCGGUGAUGUCUUCCGCGGAGGCAAUUUUUGGAUGUAUCGCCACCAUUGGUCUGAUCGCCACAGGAUCUGCUUUCAUGGCGACAACAAUACCCGCCACGCUGGUCGUGCUCUAUUUUUUGCAAGAGGUUUAUCUGAAGACAAGUCGCCAACUACGAUAUCUCGAUCUAGAGUCUAGAAGCCCAUUGUACUCACACUUUGCUGAGGUCCUCGAAGGUCUGCCGACGAUUCGGGCCUUUGGCUGGCAAGACGCCUCAUCAAAGAUUCUAACUCAGCAUCUUGACAAGUCUCAAACGCCGUACUACAUGCUUCUAUGUGCGCAACGCUGGUUGAAUUUAGUCUUGGACAUCGUGGUGAUGGUAUUGGCAACCGUUGUGGUAACGCUAGCUGUUGAGCUGCGUAGCAGCACAAACUCGGGCCUCCUCGGCAUCGCGUUGAACAAUAUUCUUGGAUUCAACCAACUAUUAUCAUACUUCAUCAUAUCAUGGACCACUCUUGAGACCUCGCUCGGAGCGAUAGCCCGUGUUAAGUCAUUUGUUGAGACGACACCUUGUGAAGAUCUACCUGGCUCAUCCCCAGAACUGCCUGAGUCCUGGCCCGAUAAGGGGGAGCUUGAUGUACAGGGCCUCUUCCUGCGCUAUCCUGACGGUACACUGGCCCUGGACAACAUCUCGAUGCGCAUAGGCGCCGGAGAAAAGAUAGGCAUCUGCGGCCGCACUGGCAGCGGGAAAAGCUCCCUCGCACUCACCAUGUUACGCCUUGUAGAACCUUCACGUGGAAAUAUCACAAUAGAUCAGACUGAGAUUCUCAAGAUCGCCCCCGGGUCAAUCCGAGAGAGGCUGAUAGCUGUGCCACAAGACUCGUUCACACUAUUGGGAACCAUCCGCUAUAAUGUUGACAUUAUGGGCCUCUCCAGUGACAGUGAGAUCACAUCUGUACUCAAGCAGAUUGGCGUCUGGGAUGCAAUUGAAACCCGAGGGGGCCUUGAUGCGCUCCUCGAGGACCAUCCACUGUCACAAGGAGAGCAGCAACUCUUGAGUCUGGCACGGGCAAUCCUUAAGAGGCAAACCAGUAACGGCAAAUGUCAGGUGCUAAUCCUGGAUGAAGCCACGAGCAGCCUUGAUACACAAACAGACCAGAGAGUGCAAAAGGUCAUGAGAGAGGCUUUUCGUGACUGUACCGUUUUUAGCGUCGCUCACAGACUUGACACAAUCAUAGAUUUUGACAGAAUUGCAGUGCUGGAAGCUGGACGUCUAGCUAAGUUCGAUACCCCACAAAAUCUUCUUGCCAGAGAUGGGUUAUUCUAG